CUCGCCGCCGGAGGGAGGGGCCGAGCGCCCUCGGGGGGCCGUGGACCCCGGCGUUCUGAGCGUCCCGCGCCCCGCGCCGCCCGGCCCCCCCGCCGCCGAUGGCCGCCGACCCGCCGGGAGCUGCCGAGAAGGGAGAGAUGGCUCCCGGGACACGUGUGAGCCCUCGGCGUUGCUGACGCCCCCAAUGUCGUCGAGCAGCCGGGGGCCGGGGGCCGGAGCGCGCCGACGCCGAACCCGCUGCCGCCGCUGCCGGGCCUGUGUGCGAACUGAGUGCGGGGACUGCCACUUCUGCCGAGACAUGAAGAAGUUUGGGGGGCCCGGGCGCAUGAAGCAGUCGUGCCUGCUUCGGCAGUGCACUGCCCCCGUGCUCCCACACACAGCUGUAUGCCUCUUGUGUGGGGAGGCUGGGAAGGAGGACACAGUGGAGGGAGAAGAGGAGAAAUUUGGUUUGAGCCUCAUGGAGUGUACAAUCUGCAACGAGAUCGUCCACCCCGGCUGCCUGAAGAUGGGGAAGGCUGAGGGUGUCAUCAAUGCAGAGAUCCCCAAUUGCUGGGAAUGCCCUCGCUGUACCCAGGAAGGCCGGACCAGCAAGGACUCAGGUGAGGGACCAGGCCGCCGCAGGGCUGACAACGGAGAGGAGGGCGCCAGCCUGGGGAGUGGAUGGAAGCUGACGGAGGAGCCUCCGCUUCCUCCACCCCCGCCCAGGCGUAAGGGCCCCCUACCUGCUGGGCCUCCCUCAGAGGACGUGCCUGGGCCCCCCAAAAGAAAAGAGAGGGAGGCAGGGAAUGAGCCCCCUACCCCAAGGAAAAAGGUGAAAGGAGGCCGAGAAAGGCACCUGAAGAAGGUGGGUGGAGAUGCCUGCCUCCUCCGAGGAUCGGACCUAGGCGGCCCAGGCCUUCUGCCCCCCAGGGUUCUGAAUCCGAGCCAGGCUUUUUCAUCCUGCCACCCUGGGCUCCCUCCCGAGAACUGGGAGAAACCGAAACCACCUUUGGCCACUGCCGAGGGCCCAGCGGUGCCAUCUCCAUCACCACAGAGGGAGAAGCUAGAGCGUUUCAAGCGGAUGUGCCAGCUGCUAGAGCGGGUGCCCGACACCUCUUCAUCCUCCUCCGACUCCGACUCUGAUUCUGACUCAUCAGGCACAUCGAUGAGUGAGGAUGAGGCCCCUGGGGAGGCCCGGAACGGGCGACGGCCAGCCCGGGGCAGCUCAGGCGAGAAGGAGAACCGAGGCGGGCGGAGGGCUGUGCGCCCUGGCAGUGGGGGGCCCCUCCUCAGCUGGCCCCUGGGCCCUGCCCCACCGCCCCGGCCCCCACAGCUGGAGCGGCAUGUGGUACGGCCACCACCUCGAAGCCCUGAGCCUGACACAUUGCCGUUGGCUGCUGGAUCCGACCACCCCUUGCCCCGUGCCGCCUGGCUACGUGUCUUCCAGCACCUUGGGCCCCGAGAGCUGUGCAUUUGCAUGCGAGUCUGCCGGACUUGGAGCCGCUGGUGCUAUGACAAGCGUCUAUGGCCUCGAAUGGACCUGAGCAGGAGAAAGUCCCUGACCCCACCCAUGCUCAGUGGUGUGGUUCGGCGCCAGCCCCGAGCCCUGGACCUCAGUUGGACAGGUGUCUCCAAAAAGCAGCUCAUGUGGCUUCUGAACCGACUGCAAGGCCUGCAGGAGUUGGUGCUCUCUGGCUGCUCCUGGCUCUCCGUCUCUGCCCUGGGCUCAGCCCCACUGCCAGCCCUGCGACUCUUGGACCUCCGCUGGAUCGAGGAUGUCAAAGACUCCCAGCUCCGGGAGCUGCUGCUGCCUCCACCAGAUACCAAACCGGGUCAAACGGAGAGCCGUGGGCGGCUGCAAGGGGUAGCAGAGCUACGCCUGGCAGGCCUGGAGCUCACAGAUGCCUCCCUGCGGCUCCUGCUGCGCCAUGCGCCCCAGCUGAGUGCCCUGGACCUCAGUCACUGCGCCCAUGUUGGGGAUCCCAGUGUCCACCUUCUUACCGCGCCCACCUCCCCGCUCCGAGAGACCCUGGUACACCUCAAUCUUGCUGGUUGUCAUCGCCUCACGGACCACUGUCUCCCGCUGUUCCGUCGCUGCCCUCGCCUGCGCCGCCUAGAUCUGCGCUCCUGCCGUCAGCUCUCACCUGAAGCUUGUGCCCGACUGGCAGCUGCUGGACCCCCUGGUCCCUUCCGCUGCCCCGAGGAGAAGUUACUUCUCAAGGACAGCUAGUUGUUGGGUGCCCCCAUCUUCCCCCAGGACUUACUAGGAGCCUGGACCUCAGGCCUUCAUUUCACCCCUGCCAGGAGGCCAGGUUACCCACCUCAUAACUUGGGGUUUCUGAGUUUUAUGACUUGGAACUCCUGCCCAGGGACUUGAGCCAGCCUCCCCCCCUCUACCCCCUGCACUGAUAUCUCUGGGGGUCUCUCCUUCCCAUCCCCUUCCCCCUCUACCUGCUUCAUUGUCCAUCCCCUGGGGGGAGUGGGUCAGAGGUACUGGGGGGGUGCUGAGCCAAAGGGAUGGUGGGAGGGGGGUUAAGGUGCAAGUUUGAGGGAGGGAAA